AUGGAUAGUUCAAGUGAAGACGAAUGUCAAGACGGUGGAAGUGAAGAUUGUAUAGAAUUACUCGAUGAAACGCGUGAAGAAAUACCUAAAUUUUCACUCACAAAAAAUAUGACUAGUGAUUCAUUUACAAAUUUAACACCAAUUAAUGAGUUUACUUUUGAUCGUUUAUGGACAAUAAUAAGUAGUAUAUGUCAAAGUGCUGGCGGUAUAGUUGCGACGGCUGCAUUUAAUAUAAAAGUUAUAAUUUUAAAACGAAUUGUUAGUGGAUGUGGAAUGCCUAAAAGUGAAAGAUCGAGACGUGGUACACUAAUAAUUAAUAAUAAAGAUAAUUUAUGUUUACCAAGAUCAAUCGUAGUAAAAUUAUCUGAAUUAGAGACAAAUAAAUUUGACGUGGCUAGAUUAAAAGCAGUUCGUGACGCUCGAUAUGAAUUACAAAAAACAUUGACUCUUGAAUUUAUAAAUAAAUCUGGUGUUGUUAUUCCAUCUGAGGGAUUACCACCACCAGAAAUGUAUGGUGUGCGUGCGAAAAAUAAAAAAGAAGCUGACAAAUUUGAUAAGUGGUAUAAAGAAAGAGUAGACUCUGGAGAAUUAUUUGAUUUUAGAAAGGAACUGAAACUUUAUUGUACUCUAGAUGUAAUUGUUUUACGUAUGGCAUGUUUAAAAUUUAUAAAUUUAACUUUAAAAAUUACUAAUGUUCAUCCAUUCCGUGAAGCUUUGACUUGUGCUUCAUUAUGUAUGCGUGUUUUUCAACGUAAUUAUCUUACUAAAGAAAAAAUCGGAAUCGUUCCCAGGUCUGGUUAUAGAUUAAGCGACAAUCAGUCAAAAGAAGCUCUUCAGUGGCUGGAAUGGUUAGCAUAUUCAACAUCAAGUAAUAUUCAACAUGCUGGUAACUCUCAUGAAGUCAAAAUAGGUCCAAAAAAAAUGAGAGUUGAUGGUAUAAAUGAAAGACGAAAAAACAUUUUUCAGUAUCAUGGUUGUUGGUGGCAUGGAUGUAUCGAGUGUUUUAUGUUCAAUCGUGAUCAUGUACAAAAAGAUGGUACAACUUUGAAUGAACGUUAUGAACGCACGCAAAAUAUUACAAAGUAUUUAGAAGAUCAAGGUUAUGAUGUUAUUGAAAAAUGGGGAUCAUUGAACCUACGUUAUGCUUAUUUUGGUGGUAGGACGGAGAAUUUCGUCGAGUCAUAUACAGUACGACCCGGGGAAACUAUACAGUAUGUAGAUUUCACAAGUCUGUAUCCGAGUGUCCUUAAGCAAUCUGCAUUUCCAUUAGCUCAUCCUAAAGUAUAUGCUGGUCGCGAUAUCGAGAAAAAAUUUCCAAAUAAUGAUAUAUCAAAAAUUGAUGGAUUAAUAAAAUGUCGUGUACUUGCACCGUCUGAUUUACACAUGCCUGUUUUGCCUGUACGUUCAAAAAAUAAAAAACUUUAUUUUCCACUCUGUCGUACAUGUGUUGAUACAAUAGAGCCAGGUUUUUGUAAUCAUAAUAAUGAUGAGAGAAGUUUAAUCGGUACUUGGGUGUCGUCAGAACUAAAACUUGCUUUAACAAAAGGAUAUGUCAUAGAAAAAAUAUAUGAAGUUUGGCAUUACGAUAAAAUGUCGAUGAAUAAUAAAGAAACUAAUGAAGUCGGUUUAUUUACAGGAUAUAUAAAUACUUUUCUUAAAAUAAAACAAGAAGCCAGACAAAGAAGUUCUUUAUGGCGUAAAACAAUUUGCAGUGAUUUACAAGAAUAUUAUGAUAUAGUAGAUAACGAAAAAAAUUUAAUUCAAUUUAUCGAACCAAUAAAUCAAGAAACUGUCUUAAUUUCGUGGAAAUUAAUUAAUGAAGAAGAACCUUUAACAAAAACAACUAACGUUGUAUUGGCGGCUUUUACGACAGCGUACGCUCGGGAAAAAUUAUAUUCUUGGAGUAAAUUGGGAGAUUUAACUGAUGAGCUAGAAGAGUAUGGAGAAGGUUCAUAUAUAAAAUCUUUUAUAUCGGUUGGGCCAAAAUUUUAUUCUUUUAUUGUACAAAAACCUGAUGGUGGUCAAGUAGAAGUCUGUAAAUUGAAAGGUGUGCGGCUUGACUUGGAAGCACAAAAAUUUAUAAAUUUUAAUACUGUUAAAUCAUUAAUUAAGCGUGAAAUAGAUCCUUUUAAAAUUGAAUAUAAUUCUAUCCGUAGAACAAGAGAUCUACAAGUGUACUCUACUAUUGAUAAAAAAAUGAUUUCUGUUACAGGACCUAAGCGUAAUCACUACGAGAAUAUUACAUAUCCUCUGGGGUAUAAAAGACAACGUGUGUAA